AUGUUUGGUCGUCGUCCCGAAAGACAAGAUCGUGAACAAGAAUCUUUAACACGUAUUGCUAUAGUAAAUAAUGAUCGAUGUAAACCAAAAAAAUGUAAUCAAGAAUGUAAACGAUCAUGUCCAGUUAAUAAAACAGGAAAAUUAUGUAUUGAAGUAACACCUGAAUCAAAAAUUUCUCAUAUAUCAGAAGAAUUAUGUAUUGGUUGUGGUAUUUGUGUAAAAAAAUGUCCAUUUGAUGCAAUAACAAUUAUUAAUUUACCAAGUAAUCUUGAUAAAGAAACAACACAUCGUUAUGGACCUAAUUCAUUUAAAUUACAUCGUUUACCAACACCACGACCAGGACAAGUUUUAGGUCUUGUUGGUUCAAAUGGUACAGGUAAAACAACAGCAUUACGAGUUUUAGCUGGAAAAUUAAAACCUAAUUUGGGCAAAUUUUCGACACCACCCGAUUGGCAAGAUAUAUUAAAAUAUUUUCGUGGUAGUGAAUUACAAAAUUAUUUUACAAAAAUUCUUGAAGAAAAUCUUAAAGCUAUACUUAAACCACAAUAUGUUGAUCAAAUCCCACGUGCUGCUCAAGGCCUUGUAUGUGAUUUAUUAAAUAAAAAAGAUGAAUUGGGUAAUCAAGAUCAAAUAACUGAAUCAUUUGAUUUAUCAAAUGUUAAAGAUCGACAAAUAGCUGAUUUAUCAGGUGGAGAAUUACAAAGAUUUGCAUGUGCGAUGGUUUGUAUACAAAAAGGAGAUAUAUUUAUGUUUGAUGAACCAUCCAGUUAUCUUGAUGUUAAACAACGUUUAAAAGCUGCUUUGGCUAUUCGGAGUGUUAUUCGAGAAAAUCGAUAUAUUAUUGUGGUUGAACACGAUCUUUCAGUACUCGAUUAUUUGUCCGAUUUUAUUUGUGUUUUAUAUGGUUCACCUGGUCAUUAUGGUGUUGUUACAAUGCCUUUUUCUGUUCGUGAAGGUAUUAAUAUAUUUUUGGAAGGUUUUAUUCGAACAGAAAAUUUACGUUUUCGUGAGGUUGCACUAACAUUUAAAGUUGUUGAAACAGCAUCUGAAGAAGAAGUUAAACGUUUAUCAACACAUUAUUAUCCAGCUAUGAAAAAAACAUUAGGUUCUUUUAGUUUAUCUGUUGAUGCAGGAUCAUUUACAGAAUCGGAAAUUGUUGUUUUACUUGGAGAAAAUGGAACUGGUAAAACAACUUUGAUUCGAAUAUUAGCUGGAAAUUUAGAACCUGAUAGUGGAGUCGAAAUUCCUCAAUUAAAUAUUUCUUAUAAACCACAAAAGAUUAGUCCAAAAUUUAGUGGUAGAGUUCGUGAUUUACUUCAUUCAAAAAUUCGUGACGCUAUGUUUCAUCCACAAUUUCAAACGGAUGUUUCACGACCACUUCAAAUUGAUAAUAUUAUUGAUCAAGAAGUUCAAGAAUUAUCUGGUGGUGAAUUACAACGUGUUGCAUUAUGUUUAUGUUUAGGAAAACCAGCUGAUGUUUAUUUAAUUGAUGAACCAUCAGCUUAUCUUGAUUCUGAACAACGUUUACAUGCUGCACGAGUUAUUAAACGAUUUAUUCUUCAUUGUAAGAAAACAGGUUUUGUUGUUGAACAUGAUUUUAUUAUGGCAACAUAUUUGGCUGAUCGUGUUAUUGUUUUUGAUGGACAACCAUCAGUUAAAGCUCAUGCUUCUGAGCCACAAGCACUUGUACCUGGUAUGAAUUCAUUUUUAAGACAACUUGAAAUAACAUUUCGACGAGAUCCAGAAAAUGCUCGACCACGUAUUAAUAAAAGAGAUUCCGUUAAAGAUAUGGAACAAAAAUCAGCUGGUAAUUAUUUUUUUCUUGAAUGAUCAUCAAUAAAAAUUAUAUUAUUCCAAUCAUCAUUACCAUCGUUAUGAUUUUCAAUUCAAUUUCUAAUCAAAUAAAUUUCAUAACGAAAAACUAAAAAAAAACAAAAAAACAACAAAUAAAAUCGAUUUCUUCUUUUUUUUUGUUUGUUUGUUAGUUUGUUAUUGUUAUUUUUAUUGUUAAAGAAAAGAUAAAAACAAGAUGAGGUAAUGAAUACGAUUAACAGUGAACUAAUUGUUACCUGUUUAAAACAAGAAGAAAAAUAAAUACAUAACUAAAUCAAAAAUAUAAUCAAAUCAACACAAAAGUCAAAAUUCUAUUUAAAGUUAUACAAAUUAAUAAUCUUAAUGGAAAAAUUGAUGAGCAAUAUUUUGUUUUUCUUUUUCUAUUAUACUUUAUAUACAAUGUCUGGUAGUAUAUUAGUUAUGUCUUAUCAUGUAUUUUUCAUCGAUCACUCUAUGACAUAGAACAUUCAUUCAAUGAAUUUUAUCAUCAUCUUAUCAUAUUAUAAAUAUCUUGUAAAAAUAAGUUGAGUUCAACUGUCAUAAUUUCAAUUCUCAUAAAUGAUAAGAAAUAAUAUUGUUGGUUAAUGUAACGAAGGAAGUCCUGUAGCUGAUUAAUCUUUUUUGACUCGGAGCAGUGUGUAUUAUGGAGAUCCUAAUAAGUUAUGAAUACCCUGAAAAAAAUUUGUGCUAUUACUUUAUCACUACCGGGAUAUUGAAAACUUACGGUAUUUAUUAACACAAUGCUGUGAUCCCCUCAGAAAUACUGAGAAAAGAAUAAAAUGAAUUCCAACGUAGACUUUCAAUAAUUACUGAAAGAGUAUUUGUUCACUUUGAACAUAGUCCCCAGAGGUGCAGAAUUUGCCGCUAAAGAGAAAACUUUUCCGUAACAUUGAUAAAUUCUUUAAAAAUAUUUCUCUCUACUAUUAAAAUAACGGGAAAGUCGUAGUCUCUUUUUUCACUUACACAUUCGCAGAAAGCGAAAGAGAAAUUGAUUUACUUAAUACACAAAAAAAAAAGUCAUCUAAAGAACUAAUCUUUGUUAAUCAUCAUUUAAUAGAAGCAGCUUUUAUUGAAAAAGUAACGAAUUGUAUACUUAAAUAAAAGGCCAAGCUGCUUUGGUACUUUCUAUUGAUGAAUAAAUAACAGAAACCCUGUAAAAAGCCUAUCCUCUUAUUGCUACAAGAGUCACAUUUCGUUUAUUGGAUUCCUCAAUGAAAAACUUUUUCUGCAACUAAAUAGUUUUCCAAAAGUUCCCCAAACUUGAAAUGUUUCACCCGACGCGCAUUAGCGCAUACAAGUAGAUUCUGUACAUUUGCACAGCUCUCAAUCACACCUGAUGCUGUGUUAGUAUGUUAAUACCGCAAUCAGUAUAUGAACUGUGCUUAUUGGAAACAUACGGUGUGGAAAGUCUAUUGCAAAAUUCAAC